AAUUAACUUACGUUGUACUGUUGUUGUUUUGUUUUGUAAGCCGGUCAAAAGUGAAAAUAAUACGAGGUUUUUGACGUUUUCUUGGUCGAUUGAAGAAUGAGCCAAAGCUAUAAAUGUUUUAAAGAAAGGAAGUCUUUCGGUAAGUCAAUUUAUCGAUUUUCUCAGCUGUCAAUAUGCUGUUAGAUUCUAAAUUAUUGUCGCUUUUUCGACCGAUUUCUUAAAAAUUUGUGAAAACGCAGAUCAAAUUUCGGUUCAAAUGAUGUAAUAAUAUCUUGUCUUUUAGCGGCAAGAAAACGUGAUUCUGAAGGAAUCACGAAGCAGUAUCCAGACAAAAUACCAGUGAGUAUUAAAUUUAUUUUAACGGUGUGUAAAAUGACAUGAUUUUGACAAAAAUAUAUAUGUAUACAUCUUGCAUUGUUUACGUUUUUGCUGGCCUGUGAUGUUUCGAUUAUUAAAAGACAAUAUAAAUUUAUGUAAUCUAUUGUUGCUUCACAAUGCUGUAUAUUACAUGAAUAUACGAAGCCUUUUGGGUCCUUUUAAAAACUUGCCUUUCAGAAAAGCGUGAACAAGGCUAUAUUUCAUUUUGGAUUCUAAUUUUCAAUUUUAUAUCAUAAUACCGACAUUUACGUACGUGUAGUAAUCAAUUAUGUCAUAGUUGUAGCAAUGUAUUAACUAGUUAUUAGAUGUUAUUAAAUAUUAAGUAAUACUAUUCUAUUGUUGGAUAAAGAUCUAGUUCUUGUAUUAUGGUAUAACUCCGCCAACUUGAACUAAAUUUAAUUUCGCCUGAGUUUGACCCUUGAUUUUUCCAGUAAUUUACUCCAGUUAACUUGAAAUCACUUAACUGGAACAAAUUUAAUUUUCCCCUUAUUCACUUUCCCAUUAUGACUUAUUUAUCAUUUAGUAUAAUAAACGAAAUCUGGCAAAGACCCUGUUCUUGAACCCCUGCUAACUUGAACCCCUGCUAACUGAAACAAUUUUUUGAACAAUUAUUGUAUUAUAAUAAUAAAUCUAUGAAGCAUAUUUUGAAUUUUAAAAUAAUAUUUUGUAACUCAAUGACCCAAAUGACUAUCAACAUACAAUCUCAAACUCAAUAAUUCAUGAGUAAAUUAGCGAACCAUGUUGCCUUAUUUUGCCCACAUGUAAUACUGGAUACCUGAGGCCAGUUGUUCAAAGCUGGGUUAGCUUAACCCUAGGUUAACCUAAUAUUCGAAGCAAACUUCCUGACAGCUUGUCUAUAAAUUUGGAAAUAUUUCUUCAGAGAUCUUGUCUAGAUCGAUGGGAGUUCACUUCUCUGACGUUGUGAGAUAAACAGACGUGCAGAACUACACAAACCAAAACAGCAGGUUAAAUUUUAACCCUGCAGGGUUAGCGCUAACCCACCUUUGAACAACCGGCCCCUGGUGAAGUAAAUAGUUAAUUCAGUCCUUGGACUGGAUCCAAAUUAAUUAAGUAGUGAUUUAUUCGCAUGAGAUGUCAUUUCGAAUCCUCCAAAUCGGACUGGACUAGAUUUUAAGUCCUCACAUUUUGAUCCAGUCCUAGGCUUCGCCUCGGACUUGAUCAAUUUUCGCGGACUUGAAAUCUAGUCCAGUCCUCAUAGUCAGAUUUGAAAUAUUACGACAUAUUAAUUCAAAGUUAUUAGUGUUAUUAAUGUAUAUAGUAAGCAUACUAGAGUAAGCACUCUCCAGACUCUUGACGAGUAAAAUUGUCUGAUGUUAGACAGAGUAAAAUAGUAUAAUAGGGCACAUCAGGGUACAAUGCCAUUAAGAUUGAUGUUCAGGAUGCAUGGUCCAAUAGUUUGAUUAACCCAUUGAGUAGCAGAACUCCCCCUUAAUGAGUAAAAUUGUCUGUCAUUAGACAGAGUAAUAUAAUAAAGGGCACAUCAGCCAUGGAUUUCCACUUAAAGAGUUAAUCAUACAGGGCCUGAAAUUUGCAGUAUGCCGAUAUCCAUGGGAUACUAAAGUUUGGUUUUGGAUAACCAAACUGUGUUCAAUGACAGCCUCCUGAUAGCUUGGGCCAUUCCAUUAAAUAUAGGCAUUAUUGAGGGUCCCUUCAUAAUCUCCUUAGGAUAUAAAAAUUUUAGAACCCCCUUGGAUGCAAUUUUUGGAAGUUACCCCAUGGAUAUCUUUAUACCCCUUUAGGAUAUCGUUUAAAAUUGCCCCCUUGGAUAUCACUAAAACCCCUAAUUUUUGCUAUUUUUUUUGAAAAUUUCUUAAGCUACCCUCUAGGAAAAUUUAAGGUAAAAGCCCCCUCCCCCCCAUAGGAUAUACAGACCCCUCAAUAGGGGGGAGGGGGGGUUGCCUAUAUUAAAUGGAAUGGCCCCUUUUGAAUACUAUACUAUGAAUUUGCCACCCAAGCCUUUCUUUGUAUUAUGUGAAUUUUUGUGUAUUAAUGAUUUGUUUAGACUCUAGGUGUUCACUGUUGAAUCUCCUGUUGUCAUUGUUAUAUGUAACAGUGAGAGUUAUUGGAUGGGACAGGAUAUACUACUUUUGGUAAUCAGUAUCCAGAUUAAUAUAAGAUUAGCCGCACUCAACUCAGAGUUAUACGAAUUUUCUACUAAAAUUUUCUAGUAUGAGUCAGGUGAAUAUGUUGGGAUUCUAUAAAUUUCAUACCCUGAAUUUAAUCAUUUUGCAGGUGAUUGUUGAGAGGUAUGGAUCAGAAAAAAGCUUGCCAAUUCUGGACAAAAUUAAAUACUUGGUCCCUGCUGAUCUGACCAUGAGCAAUCUGGCAAGCAUUAUAAGGUGGGUAAUUACUCUGCUGUAAUAAAAGGAAAAAUGAAUCUAAGCUAAAAAAAUUUAGAACCACUGAGUAUUUUAACAAAAUUCCUAAAAAGUGUAACAGUUUAAUAGCGAACGUUUCGUUGUUUACAAUACUUGUAGCAUCUUCAGAGCAAUCUAAAUGAAUUUACAGGGUAUGGUAUAAUAUUUACAAAAUAAUGGUUUAAUAUUACAAAAACGGUUACUUAAGUUUGAAAGAACAAAUGAAUAGAAAGAAAGGAAAACAACUUAUCAGUAACUAGUUAAUAAGUAAAGAUUAAUGUUAAGUCAGGGGUCGAAAUUUAAUUUUUUUGUACUAUACAGCCGGAAUAGUACUGUAGAUUUUUAUAUUUACUAUUCCGUCUGAAGAUCCACUAUUCCUUAAUGUACUGUUUCUGAUUUUCAUAAAAUCAUCCUUGAGACUCCUAAAGUGAACUGAAUAAUUGAAUAACAAAAAAUAAACAUGUACAGUUCAUUGCUCUGUACAGUGAUGAACAAAUUAUUAAAUAAUAAUAAAAACCAAAGUUCAAACGCUGAAAUGAACUUACGAACUUUGUUGCGAAGUUCGCGCCCAAUUUCCGAACUUGGAAACGUAAUUGGCAAGUUCGCAACGAACUUUGGAACCGCGCGUUGAAAAGUGACUUGAAAACGACAAUAAUAUUGCUGCAAAGAAAUUAGAAUACGAAAGUAUUGCAAGCGAACAAGAACUUAGCUACGAAGUGGAACAGUGGCUCAAAGUCCGGUAUAAAGUGAUUUUUUAUAUAAAGAUCAGGUAAACCCUUGCUUGUCGAUAUUCGGUACCACAAUUUUUUCUAUAUUAUACAAACGGAAUACUGUGAUCAUGAAGUUUACUAUUCCGUCAUGCAUUUUAGUAUAUUCGGAAUAGCGGGAAUUUCGACCCCUGUAAGUGCAUGGUUAGUAUAGUUAAGGUUAAUAUUACCCCUCAAAAUAACUCAAGAGGGGUAGAUCUAAUAUUAGCAUUAAGGACAGAGUUAAGUUGAGAAAUUAGUAAGCUUUCACAGAUAAGAAGAUCCCACUCAUGCAGAAGUGCCUGAUGAUAUGAUUUUGAAAUCAGAAGCGGAGACUGGGUGUUUUUGCAUGUGUUUGUGAGCGAGUAUACUAGACAUGGUUGAGAUAGAGCGUUCUUUUCCAGUCAAAAACGAGACUCCCGUAUGCUCUGAGAUACGUGUGUGAAUGUGUGGGCGUGUUUGGCCAACAUACAACAUACCUGGAGAUUUUAUUUUUGUGGAAGUAGCCAAUCUUCAAAUGGAGCUAGGCUAUAUCAGAGGACAGGGAGGAUUGCAGGCUCAGGGUUCGAGAUUGGGCUAUAUAUGCCACAUUCUCGUACCCAGAGUCCGUCUUACACGCGGUCAACAGAGCAUGACGAGGGGUACGAGAAUGGUUUGCGCCGCAACCGCAAAUCAAAAUUAUUCUGAACGAGAACAAAAUGAUUCUUGGAGUUAGCCAGUAACUCCAGGCUUAGUGAUACCUAGUUUUUUCAUGGUUUUUGGAGUUAUACUUGGCUCCAAAUGAUUUUUGGAGUUAGCCAGUAACUCCUGCUUAGAUACCUCGCUUUUUCAUGAUUUCAUGAUUUCAUUUUGCUUUAUACUUAGCUCCAAAUGAUUGUUGGAGCUACAAUCUUUGACUUUAUAGAUUGGGACAGACAAUAUAGAUUGGGACAAUCUAGUUUUCACAUGCAUUCGGUUGCAAUAUACCAUUUCCUGAUACAUAUUUUCCACCCUCCCUCCCCCACCCGUUUCAAUGUUGGCGCCGCGCAUCCAGACAUCAGAUUUUUGUUGGCCCAACAUUGAACUGGGGGAACGGGGGGGGGUGCUAUUCCUUUCAAAUUAUAUGAAAUUACAGCAGCUGUCCCAUAGUUUCUGGCAAAGAUUGUAGUUAGCCAGUGACUCCACAAUUCAUAUUUCAACUCAGUUAGUUUUGAAUUACACAAGUUACUCAGGUGUACGUUUUGGUUUGGAGUUAGCCCUUUACACUUUGGAGGUAUAGCGUCACUCCAUUGCUUCCUACUUUCUGAAGCCAUGACAUACAAUGCGCCACUAAAUUAUCUAUUUGUUAACUAUUUCAUAUAUAGAAAACGGCUCCAACUGAGCCCCACCCAAGCCUUCUACUUGAUGGUGAACGAACGAAACAUGGUGAGCAAUAGUCUCACCAUUGGCGAGCUGUACAGGGAGGAAAAACACGAAGAUGGAUUCCUGUACAUGGUAUACGCCUCGCAGGAAUCAUUUGGUUGAAAAAUUAAAUCAUUCUCAUCCUAUAUCGCUCAGCAGGGUAUAUUACAUAACAUACGCUGAGAUCUUAUGGAAACCGAAUCUCGACAGUGACCUAUAGUGGCUUGUAGAACGACUUUGGUUUAUAACUUGUAAAAUAUAAAUGUGUUCACUCAUGUAUAGUAAAUUGUAUACUUGAAAUAUUUUAAUUUUUGUUUAAUUGGAUUUUGUGGGAUUUUACAUUAAUAUUGAGUAAAGCAAGAGAAUAUAUGUGUUUAAAAAAUUAUGUCCAGAUGCAAUGCUGUCGUCUCGUUUGAUCAAAACGAAUGCAAAUUCUGGAAAUAUUCUAAUUUUUUAUUUUGACUAGCACACGUAAGGAGACGCAAGUUGUAACAAGGUUGUUGUCAAGCCGAUAUCAUGCAGGAUGUGUUCGCACUGUUUGUUCCCAGUUGGUAUCAUCUAGCUUGUUACAAAGUUGAUGACGGUAACAGACUUGCCACAAGUUGUUCCAACAAGACUAAUACAGGCUGUUCGUAACAAGUUGCCACGAGCUUGUUGUCAUCAACUUGUUAACAACUUGUUACGUGCAGACGAUAUCAGACUUGUUGGAACAACUUGUUGCGAGCAUAUAUUAUACUAGAUAGUGCAUCUAAUUAUUCUGCAAUUCAAAAAUUGAAGCCGUGAUUGCAGACUCAGGAUAUUCGCAUGAAAUGAGAAGAUUCGUAUGUUUUCUAUUUCUUAAACAGGGAACUUAAACAUUAAGUUAAACCUAUUUCAAAU